UAACAAUAUGGCAGUCAAGUAGAUAAAGUUGUCCCGUUUCUUUUCUUUGAGGUGGAUUCACUUUUCAGAAGAUGGAUGAGGCUGAGCAAAGGAAAGAAUCUCACUUGGCAAGAAAAAUUGAACUUGAAAGACAGCGUGAAGAAAUUCUACGCGAAAGGGAGAGACUUCUUUCUCUAAAGAGUGAAGUUGGUGGAAGAGUUACGAACUCUGCCAGAAACAGCUCAACAUCUUCGUCUAGAUUGAGUUUACAAAUUGAGAAAACGAAAAAUAGAAUUCCAGAGUUUGAAAGAAACGUUCAAACGCUUAGAAAGGAAAACAUAGCGAGAACGGAUUUACUGAGGAAACCUUACCAUGGAGAAAUGGGAAUCGGUACGUACGAACCUUGGCAGUUGGAAGAUUUUUAUUUCGUUCGUGAGUUUGUACGAUCAUGGAUUGAUGAGGUUUUAGAUUUUAUACUCCGAGAACGCCCAAGAGUAAAAUCUGAAUAUGGUGCAGCAGCUAUUGCUGAAAGAUUUUUUGAAAAACUUGAUAUUGAAAGGAAACAUGAUGAAAUUCUUCAAAUGAGCCUUGACAUUGAAGAGAGCAUUUUGACAGAUGUCAUUUACCAGGUUGCCAAGGAAACAGCUGCUGAAUUGAUGGAUUUUGAGGCUCAAACUAGGACCAUGUUAGAUAGAAUUAUAUUGGAUUCUUUUGAUCCUCAUUCUGAAUCAGGUGAUCAGAGAAAGAUUUCCCUACUGAACAACUCUUUGUCCCAGUUCAAAAAGGAAGCCCUGAAGAAAAUAGAUGUUUGGUCUCAUGGUCAAACAUUUCACAGAAAUCAGAAUGAACAAGAUAAUUGUGUAAUAGUUGAUGAAGAGGAAGACACUUUUGAUGGAACUGUGCUGCAUUUUCAUGACAUCACACCUUUUAGUGACUUACCUGAUGCUAAUCUCCCUCCAGAGCAAGUUGACUUUCAUAACACAGAAUCAGAGUUUUGGAUGGGAAACACUGUUGAUCUGUACACUCUGCCAUUACCAAGACGAUAUAGGGGCAUCUCUUGCACUUCAUUGUCUCCUGAUAACAGCCUUAUCGCUCUGGGAACAGUUCAAGGAGACAUUCCAAUCUGGGAUUUAGCUACCUUUCCACCACGUAUAUUGAGGACCAGCCGUGAUAAUAAUUCCGCUGUUGUUCAACUUCACUGGAGUUUGGACUCUUCACAAAUAGUUAGUCUGAAUGUGUAUGGUGCCAUCACACUAUGGUCACUAGGCAACACACCAUCCAUACCUUAAGAUGUGAAAACAUUUGAGCCUGUGGAGGUUAAUCUUGGUUUUAAACCUACUGCUCUUAUUCCAUUGUUGACUCUUGAACCUAGAGACUUUCUGUUCACAAAAGGACCAUUUUCAGAUUCCAGAGAUUUACCAAGUGCAGUAACGGCAGUAGCUUUUCAUCCCUCAGCAACACUUCUGGGAAGGCAAGCAUUUUUUAUGGUAGGAUGUAGUCAUGGGAACAUUUUGAGGCUCAGAUACAACAAAAUGGUGUCAGUUAUGUCCUUUCCGCAGGUUCAUCCAGCCAGUGGUAUAACACACAAGAUUGGUAAAGAUGUCGAGGCUGAACUUUUUAAAGAACACCGUCACAAGAUUGUACUAAUAGCAUUUGUGAACAAUAUUUCACCUAUGGUAACUGUUGAUGAAGAAGGAUUUAUCAACAUGUGGGAGUAUUCCAGUGAAUGCUUAACUGGAUUUGGCUGGUUUGUUCCCAGCAUUAAGUACAGACUGAACAUGGUGGAGAUGACAUAUGAGCCUGUUAUUGGAACAAAGGAGAAAGUGGAGUUCACAGAUGAAGUGAAAGGUCCAAAGCACAAACAAAAUCGUUUGAGGCAGGAAAUGGUUCAAAAUCGUAAAAAGGCACAGAGGUACAUAAAUUCUCUUCAUCUGGAAAAGCCUUGGCAGACUCAAGAAAUGGAUAACAAGGUUACAAAAAUAUUUGUACCACAGAAUGUUCCUGAAUCAGGAUCAACUUUUCACCAUGUCACUUACUAUCGCACAUCAGGACAAUUAGCAUCUUAUGUCACCAAAGUUUACAAGCCUUUACACAUUCCUAGUUCAAAGUUCAUCUCAUGCAAAAAAAACUUUGCAGGUACCAAACUUGUGUUCAUGCUUUUGUUUCCAGCAGCAGAACCAAAAGAAGCCCAUGUCUCUCUAGUUAUCAUCAAUCUUGAACCAACAGUUUCUGUGAGUAAGAAUUACAUGCACAUUGCCCUUGCCAAGGGUGAUUACGCAAAAUGCCUCUCUAGAAGUAUCUGCUCCUUUGGAAUCUCUCAUGCUGUAGAUGCCACAGGAAGUGAGUACAUUGUAACAAAUGUGAAUGGAAAAUUAUCUGCAGUUUCCAUGACAACAGGAAAUGAAGUUAUGGCAGAAACACAGAAGGGAUGGGUGGGUUGCCAUCUCAGUCUCAAGAAAGGUCAAAUACCUCCAACUUCCAAGGUAGAGGUUGUUAGUACAUCCAAAGGGCUACAAGUGUUGUUGUAUGCUCAAGGACUAAAUUCUGCAGCUUUACUGCAAGUGAGAGAUGAGAAUGCUCAAGAGCAGCGUAGACGGACAUGGACUGCUUUCCAGAAGUGGAUCCACUCAGACACAAGGAUUACUGAACAUGCUCCCGUUUCAUUGCAGAUGAUGAAGAGACACAGUUGGACAUUUGAGGGGCAUUCUGAUGUGCACAUUCACUGUUUCAUGGAAUCUUUGGUUCUUGACUUGGUUGAUGAUGCACUCCAAAUAGUUGAUGGUUCAUUUACCAGUGAACAAGAACAAACCUUUCAUGCUGAAAACAUUCACCUUCCAUUUUUGAGGAAGAUUUCCCAGGGAACACUGCAAGAUGCUGAUGGAGGAAAAAUGUCUUCCCAACAUGACAUGCAGUCAGUGGUGUCAACACUGUGGGAAUAGACUCAAUUUUAAGGGAUGAAAUUUAGAUGUAGGAUGAAGCCUUGUCAUAUUCUUUACAUGAUGCACUUAUGUAUAGAUCCUGAUUUCUUAAUUUUUGAUCUGUAUGUACAAGCUAAAACAACCUAGUUGCAUCCAAGUCCUCAGAGUUGCCCCCUUAACAAGUUAGGUGUAAAUGAAAAAUGUAUAUGACUUUUAUUCAUGAAAAAAACUGCCUGUUGCUGUCGAACUCUCAGUUAUGUUGAGAAAUGAAACCAUGUCUGUUUCAUCAUGAAUGGUUGUUGUUUGUCUGUUGUAAGAAAAAUUUGAUUGGAAGACUGAUCAAUGAUACCAAACAAAUUGAUGUAGAUGAUUGUGUAUCUAGUUGAUUUGAUUACAGCUUUUUUUUAAUGCAUUAAAACCAGUAAAACGUGUCAAACCAAGUGGACACUUGCAGGGCUCUUAUUAGUGUUUCUGAUGCAGGUUUUGAAAUUUUUCAUUUCAUUGAGUGGUUUUUUUUCCCCAAAUAUAAAUGCGAGUGGUGGGAAACUUUACGAUUGGCUCUUUUAGGGUUUACAAAGAAACUCUCAAGACACACUUGAGUAAAAGGGAAAAGAGAAGAAAAAUUAUGUGUGAAUAAAAGUAAAUA